UGGCCAACCAUCAAUCAAACCAAAAGAAGAAGAAGAUGAUAAACAACGCCGCAACUGUGUGCAUAGUAUUUCUCUCUUGUCGGUUAAUUUAACAGCAUUUUAGCCGAUAUUAUGGAGGGUGCACUGGAGCAGCAUCUUGACGAUACUAUGAAAAAAAAUUAUAUUGUUGGGGUUUUGUGCACAGACGCUCAAGGCCAUAAUCUAGGAUGCCGAGGCUCACUCUGUGAUGAGCAUGGAGGAGUUGUUUCUGUACUGGCCAAGCAAGCUGCUUCCCUAGCCAAAGAUCCAACUGACUGCCCUACUGUGUGCCUGGAGUCUUACUGUGGGAACAUUUUUUUGAAAAUGCAUGGAACAAUUACAGUAGCCAUGCAUAAGAUGGCAUCAUGAAUUCUCUAAUUGUCUCUGAAUAUAUCCAUUGUUUUUAGUAUUUGGAUAGCUUAGUCCCUUGUCAUCAGCAGAAAAGCUGAAUGAUUAGCAGUGAUCAUGUCUCCUGUUUAAAUGAUGUAUUUACUGCUUUUUGUCAAAUGAUAUUCUUCUCCAAUUAAUAAAUUGUGUUAUGGUAACUUAUUGUGACUGAAUCUAAUUUGCUCAUUUAUGAAGGGUGUUGAAGUACCACAUAGUAUCCAGAAGGGGACAGUAGUUGAAAGACAUUUUGCAUGAAGCAGAAUACUGUUAUCAAACCAAUAAACAGAACAUAAUGAUUUUACAUACAUCAAGUACUACACAGAGAUCAGUUUACCAGAUCAUUUAGACAUGAGCCAUAUUUUAUUUGCAUGUUUAAUUAUAAAUAAACACUUGGAUUCAAAGCAUCAUUCCAAUACUCUGAAAUUAUACUCCGCACCUUUUCUGUAAUGCUUAAUUAUGGAAGUUGUUAUUUCUUUUAACAGAGGAGUAUAAAACUGAGACCAAAACAAGGUGACUUGUUGUAUUGUAAAAUGCCUGAUGGGUAUUCAAAUAUCUCCGGAGUGUUCUCACUGACUGGAUAAGAUGGCCAGUGUACAGAUGCAUUUUGGACUUGAGGUGAAAGGAUUUGGCUUACCUCUCCACUGUAAAAGAUUCAUCACUUUCACCUUAACAUGGUUAAUCAGAAUUAGAUUCAUAUGGAUCUGAGCCAGAGUUUAUUUUCUGUAAGUUUUUGGAAUUUGAAUUGGUAAGGUACUCCCUAGGUCAAAAUCAAUGUAAAUAAAAAGUAUGCAGCAUUAAUGCCAAGAAACAUAAAUUCAUCCUAAAUAUUAUUAAAUUAUGCAGAAUACAUAUUUGCCCCAGUUUUUGAAAUGCCAUGUAUUAUUUCACUUUCAUAACUAUUAUCCAUAAGACGCCAUUGGUUAAAAAAAAGUUAUCCAUAAGAUGCCAUUGGUUAAAUCUAUAUCUUCUGAAGCGAUGUAAUGACUUUGGGUGAUCAACAGAUCAAUAUCUCAAUCCUUUUUUGAGAUAUUUUAGAAUGUGAAUGUGAGAGUAGAUUUAUAGUAAAAAAUGACUUAAAUAUUGAUCUGUUUCUCACCGGCACGUUAUAUCGCUUCUUAAGACAUUGAUUUAACCAAUGGCGUCUUAUGGAUAACUUUUAUGCUGCGUUUAUAUGCUUUUUGGACCGUCAUAGUUCUCGUUACCAUUCACUUGCAUUGUAUGGGCUUACAGAGCUGAAAUAUUUUUCAAUAUUUUACACCUGAGAGGACAGUA